GCCCGCCCCCGCCCCGCGUCUCUCAGGAGCUGGGUAUUCCCGGGCGGCGCCAUGCGUCCGGAGCAGGCCCUGGCUUGGUACCGGCGGAUGUCCGUGGUCUACGGCUUGGGAGCCUGGACUGUGCUGGGCUCAUUGAUUUUCUGGGGUAAGAGAAAGAGCACGCCGCCAGGUGGUGAAGUAGAGCAGAAGGAUGUCUUAACAAAUGAAAUAUCUGAGUCCCCAAAAGGGUUUUAUGUGGAAACGAUUGUCACAUACAGAGAAGAUUUUGUUCCACUUUCUGCCAGGAUCAUCAACUAUUUGAAGUCAUGGACUGGUGGCCCUGGACCAGAAUCAUGAUGUACUGCUGGAUUCUGAAAACAAGACUGGUUUAGCAUACGAAUUUGUUAGAUACCUUGAUUUCCGUUUAAUGUUUGUGAAAAGUAUAUACAUUUGAUUUAAUUUUGCUGUAAUAUAUAAUCACAAAUAGUAUACAAUAAAGAUUUCCCUGAGGAAAAGGCAA